CUGGUGUAUUUUGGCCACCGAUGUCAACGGUCACACUGGCGCAAACAACACAAACAGCAGCCACGGUCACACCGAGACAAAGUGGAAGGGAAAUAGAAAAUUUGAUUUUGACAAAAAGUGCACACAAUGCAAACGAAUUAGAGUGCGUGCACGCUUUGAAUGCCCAAAUCCGCGAGACGCCCACGCUGACGUAGCAACAAUUGUCGCCGGAAAAAGGGAAGCGCGCGCGUUGCGAGGAAUAUCGCGGAAAUUGCAGAAUUUUUGGCAGCGGCGAGUAGUCUCCCCCGAAUAACAGCGGCCCAACGAGAAUAGCGGCGAGUGUUUUGCCAAGCAGCGAGUGCCUGGCCAAUGUGGUGCAGCCCCCUGCUGCCCGCCGCCCGCGCACCCCCUACCCCGCUAACGCGCAAAAUAUACGCGACUAGUUGUAGUUGUGGGCAGCAGCCGAUCAGCUCGGCCUUUGUGAGCAGAUUAGUGGCGAAAAACGCCAGCGAAAAGCCAAUUAGCAGUGCCCCGGGUAGCUGGGCCGGUGUCCACUAUCCAUUGUCCAGGAUCGAAUCCCAGCCAGCUUUGGACGAUUCCGGCUGUGAUGCAGCAGCAGCUGCGACUACUGCUGCCACCUAACGAGAUUCUGGACGCCUUUUGCACCCACCACACGUAACUAGAGCACCCACACACACGCGCGCGCACAUACACAAACAGAGCAACGGGAGCGACGGGCCAACGGGCGAACGGGCACACUAGCGUGUGGCCAUUGAUGCAGUGCAGCCGCCGCUUGCAGGGAUUCGGGAUCGGUAGGUGAAAGGACUGGGACAAACGUGGAGAUGAUUUGCAAACAGGACGUGCUGCUGUGGUUUGAGAAACUCGAGAGCUACAAUCGGAUCGAAACGAUGUACGCCCUGCUCACCGCCUGUCUGCCGUUUGAGCUGCGCUUCCUGGGCACGCUUCUCGAGGAACAGGGUCGGUGCGACUCGGAAACGUUGCGCGGCAUGGAGCUGCGGGCGAACAAUCCGCACGAGCUGGCCGCCGACAUGGUCAACUGCCAGAAGGGCGACCCCACCGACCGGAAGAUCCGGCGCAAGAUGGCCCUGUAUCUGGCGCUGAUCCGUGCCUGCAACCGGAACUGCGUCAGUGAGAUCUACCGCACGCUGGAGUGCUGGGGCGAGUGCGAUUUUGGCUGUAUCAAUGACCAGGACACUCUGCUGGAGCUGCUGCUAGUCUACACGAUGGCGGCCAUCCACCCGGUGUUCUCCAUGGAGGAGCAGAAGAAGAUCUUCGGCAUACUGGCCAAGAUCAAGGAGAACAAGCUGGUGGCCGAGCGGUUCGCACCGCAGAUGCAGACACAGUCGCAGACGCCGACGCCAGCAACCCACCAUCCGCACCCGCCGUCCCCACACGACCUGAUCCUGCAGCAGCAGCCACCACAUGUGAUCCACCAGAUGCCGGGGCCACAGCAGCCGCCACCCCACCCGCAGCAUCCGCAGGUGGUGCAGAUGGUACAGACGCCGCAGGGCAACAUCCCCAUGCUCUUUCCCCAGCACUUUCCCAAGCUUAUUCCCAGCGCUGAUGGAACGCACCAGAUCAGUGUCGACGGCAUGGCGCAUCUGAUGCAGCCGAACAUCACCAUUCCAGCGGACACGAGUGCCAUCAUCGGUCACCAGAACACUGGGUGGACGAUGCGCCACUACGUCCCACAACCGCCCCACCAACAGCCCGCUUUGCAGCAGCAGCAACAGCAGCAGCCGCAGAGUCUGGACCAUCAAGUGCCACCGGCCAGCUCGCCCAUGCUGAGCCAGCAGUCCUCUCCCUCGAGCAGCCGGACCACGAGUCCCCAGCGGGACCGGUCCCUGAUCAACGUUCCACUGCAGGCGCAGCAGCAGGCGCAUCAGCAGCCGAUGAGGAACAUGUCGCAGCGACUGGCGGGGCAGAAGAAUGCGCGACGUCCUUCGGCGGAGACAACGCCGCCGCCAACCUCGAUUGGCGGCGAGCAGCAGCACGAUGGUAUUAACGAAGGCGGAAGCAGCAAUUCUAGUGGAACCAGCCUGCACAGCCUCAUCCGCAAUGGUUUCCCGCGGCCAGGACACCACCAUCGAGUCAAGGCAAACGCAUUCAUACCACAGCAACAGCAGCAGCAGCACUUUCAGAACCCCAACUACAAUAUGAACGUUAUGAUGCAGAGUAUGAAUAUGAACGACGAUGGCAGCAGUUCGAUGAUGGGCAUGAACUCAAACAAAAGUACGGCCACCACAGGCAGUGAAUCGGGCAGCUCGAAUGGAUCCUGCGGCGACCUUUCGCCCUCGGAAACGCCGACGCCUACGCACCUCUCAUUGCCACUGCACACUGCGGUGGAUGCGGGCAUGGGCAUGCUCACCACGGUGCCGCCCGUCACUCUUGGCAACUAUCAGCCAAAGCAGCAUCACCUCAGCUACAAGCAGCAGCAGCAGCUGAACUUGCAGCACCGGCUAAACGGACGCAAUGGGAUGGAUAAGAGCUACCAGCAAGUAUACACGACGGGAACGCCGAGCAUCGUCAGCGAUGCGCAGACCAUCAGCAGCGGCAGCCUGCAGCAGCAGCAACAACAGCAGCAGCAGCAGACGCUGCUCAUCAGCCAAUCGCCGGUGAGCACGCCGACGACAACAGUUCUCCUGCAGCCGCAACAACCGCCGCCCACAGCCUACAACGCGAGCUAUCCAUAUCACCAGCGAGGACCCCCGCCGCCCCAGCAGACGAUAUUCCAGGCGCACAGUGCGCCGCCGCCGCAGACGGUCCGCGGUGGCCUCCGCUAUCCGAUGGGUCCGCCGCACAACGGCGAGUUCAUCUACCCGGCCUUCCACACGAGCCUGGCCUUCCUGCCGAUGCCGGCGGGCGGCACUCCCGCGGCGGUUACGCCGCCGCAGCUGCAGAGCACGGCGGCCGUGGUCAGCACGAACGCGGUGACCGUGCAGACGGUGCCAGCGCCGCAACAGCAGCAGGUUCCCAGCACGACGCCCUACAGCGCGCUCACCGUCUGCCCCAUAACGGGAGCGGGCGGCGGCGGAAACGGACAGAAGGUGAUCUCCUGCUACAACUGCGGAUCGCAGACGCACAGCGGACGGGAGUGCCAGGAGGCGUCCAUGGAGGAUGUGACGCGAAGCGCCAGCUACAAACUGGACUACUCGGAGACGAGCAUGGACGCGAACUCCGCGGGCGAUCACCACAAGGAUGUGGGUGGCAUGCAGAUCAAUGCGGCAACGACUGCGGGGACGGUGACCAGUACGGGGAAAUAAUACGGAGGGUCCAUAUAUUCACGUACAUAUAUGGAAAUAUAAUUACUGCUAUAUAUUAAUGAUUAUGCAUAAUCCUAACCUACUUAUACGAAUUACCAUUUAUUAUGAUUGUGUAGUGCGGAAAUCAAAUUUCUCGCCUUUGCCACGUCUCUUAGUUCGGUAAGCCUCUCAAUUCGCGUUAAUUCGAUUUGAAGAUCGGCGGCAGGCGGCUGCCUAAGUCUUGACAAACCUUAUCCGUAAAUAAGAUUGAUUUAGAUGCGCCCUGUCCUGCCACAGAAUACACACUACACACUACCCACUAUGCCCCCACAAACCAGAACUACACACACACAUAGUCGAUAACGAAUUUUAGUCAUAUGCCACUCUUAAUAUUUCUAAUGUUAAGUUGAAUGUAAAACAGCAAUAAGUAAUUAUCCUAAUCCGCGUUCCGUACACUCACUCUCACGGGCAGAUGUUGCCCACAUGCCGCGAUCGAAUUAAGCUAAAGAAACAUUACGUAAGCCGCAACGCGACCACGGAAGGCAUAACCAAACCGUAAACGUAUCGAAGGAGAUGAAGUAAACUCUAGGAAAACAGAAUACAGAAAUCAGAAAACAGAAAACACGUAGCAUACGGAAUACCUAGCAAAUAUAUAUAAAUUGAUUAUGUGUAUAAACAAACGAGCGUAGCAGCACAAUGUGCAUAGUUAACCGACUUCUUAUUCCAACUUAACCUUCUGAUUUUCUCACCAAGCGUAAUCUAGUUACUCCUUCAUCUAUUUAUUUGCUGCUCCUUUGUUUAAACAUGUAUUUUAGCAAUGUUUUUUUUUUUUUGUACUUUAUAUGAAUACCUACAUACUUAUAUACAUAUAUAUAUAUAUAAAUAUAUAUAUAUUUAUUAAUAUUAUUAUUAUUUUAAAGCAAACAAUCGUAUAUGAUACACUCUUAUGUGGAUAGGGCGUACAUUAUUGCUAAGCACUCUGUCUAAUUAUUAUUUUAUGUACUCACAACUUGACCCUCGAUCGUGUGGGCAACUGUAUAUGUAUGAACUGGCCAAGUUAUAGAGAAUAACCGUUAAGGUCAUGCCAAACCCGCCCACGGUUGACCACAAAAUACAAUUGCCUGCCCUUAGUUUCUUAUGUAUAGACGUUGUUAAAAUUUUGUAAAGUCAGCAGACGAACUGCAAGAUAAUGAGAGGAGAAGCAAAUGAUUUACAUGAAAUACACACUUUUCUGAGUUUGCUGCUAAUGCGUAGGCAUGACAAACAAUUAUUAUAUUUCAUUGAAAUAAUAAAAACAAAUUGUUUCUAAAAUUCGUGUAAAAACACAAAGCUAAAAA